CCUAUAAGAUCACGUGCCAGUAAGACGAGCAGACGGACAUUACCACAUCGUCGACCACGCCUGUUCUUGUGGCCAUCUCAAGCGCUUCUUUGCACUCCAGCGCCACCGCCAACCGACUGCGUGUCGUUCCAUUCAAGCUCUUCCAAAACACAAAUCAUGGCGGACCACCUGAGGAUAGCCAUUGUUGGCGCAGGCAUGGGAGGCCUCGCCGCAGCUCUGUCUCUCGCAAAAGCCGGACAUAAGAACAUUACGAUAUAUGAAAAUGCACCCGGCAUGGGCUUUGUAGGUGCAGGUAUCCAGCUCGCACCAAACAUGGCUCGUAUCCUCGACCGACUAGACUGCUGGGGCCCCAUCCGGGACGAAGCCGUCCAAUGCGCAAACACAUCGAUUCGGGAGGGCCCAACAGACAAGGAGCUGGGAUACGUAGACCUGGGCUACGUCAAGGAAAAGUAUGGGUACCCACACAUGGUUGGCCACCGAGCCAGUCUUGCCAAUGGCUUGUAUGAGGGCUGCAAGAAGGAGAGCGGCAUUACAUUCAAGCUGGGAUCCACCGUGUCCGACGUGCGCUUCGGCCCCAGGCCUAAAUUCACCGUCACGCAAGCUCCCGGCGGCGGCGAACCAUACGAAGUCGAGUGCGACGUGCUUCUCGGAGCCGAUGGCGUCAAGAGCUCUACCCGCGUCGCCAUGCUCAAGGAACUGGGACACUCGGGCGCUGCACGUGACUCGGGCCAGGCCGCCUACCGCAUCAUGCUCGACCGCUCGCAAAUGGAAAACGACCCCGAGCUGCUCAGAUUGAUCGACUCGGACACGGUGACGCGCUGGAUCGGCGAGAAGAAACACAUCAUCGCAUACCCCAUUCACAACAAGCAGAUUUACAACAUCUCGACUGCCCAGCCAGACGUCAAUUUUGCCGGCGCGCCGGAUGCACAGUAUACGACAAAGGGAAGUAAAAAAGCCAUGUUGGAGGUCUACGGCGAUUUCUGCCCCAUGAUCCACCGCAUGUUGAACCUGGUGCCAGAGGGCGAAGUCGUCGAGUGGAAGCUGAGGGUCCACGACCCAUUGGUAACGUGGGUGUACGGUACAGCCGCACUGGUGGGCGACGCAUGUCAUCCCACUCUUCCGCACAUGGCACAAGGAGCUGCGCAGGCCAUUGAAGACGGCGCUGUGCUCGGCGUUGUCCUAGCCCCCAAGCGCGUCGGCGACGGCCGGCCAGAAACCAUUGAGCGCGCGCUGCGCAUGUACGAGAAGCUGAGGAAACCGCGCGCUGAAGCACUGGUCGAGUUGGCGGCCGAAAACGGGCGAGAAAUGCAUCUGGGUGCCGGCAAGGCCAAGGAGGAGCGCGACAAGAUUUUCGCCGCCAUGAAGCAGGGCUCCGGCAAGGUCCCGGAUCGGUGGGCGGAUGCAGACAUCCAGGCGCGUGUCUAUGGCGUCGAUGUUGUUGCCGAGGCCGAGGAGCUGUGUGCAAAGGAGGGUUUUGGUCCAAAACUUGUAUCUUAGUGGAUAAAGUCUCGUUGGAAAUUGUCGCAUGGGUCUGCACUGAAGACAUGUAUAUUUCGG